AAAGGUCAGAUCGCCACUUCCUCUUUGUCCUCCACUGCCUUGUGCAACUCAAUCUCAACCGAACCGACGUCCUGCUGACGGCCGCAAAAGACAAGCGAAAGUAUUCUUGUCCGGUUUUCCUCAACACUUCAUGUCGGGGUCACAUUUGACAGCACUCUUACGUCAUACAUUCGCACUGCACUUCGAUCAUAAAUAUUUCAAAAUAUCAUUCUGGUGCUAUAACGUUUGGGUACAACGAGGCGGUUCUGGGUCAAAUUGGACUUCGAUUUACCGUGUUAAUGGAUCGUGGUAACGGUGGAAGUAUGGCUAUAUUCCAUGAAUGUGAAAGAAUAAUUUAUUUGGAAACACAAUAUUUGAUACAACUCUUUGAUCUUAAAACAUUGAAACUGAUAGCCAUUCAUCAGUGAGAAUACGUGAUUCCACGCCCAGAUGAGCACAUAUUCUGAUCUAACAUUCUCCAUCGGAACAUCUUUGAUUUCCUGACGGACCGUUAGCCGUGCACUUUUCCAGAACAGCACUUUCACCAAGCCAAGAAGUGAAACCAGACUCCAGAGAAAGCAUGAAAAUAGAAGGUACACCACUCUAAUGUAUAUAACUUUAAAUUAUUAUUUUUAUCUCGCAGAAAUGUUGGAGAUAAUGUCGAUCGUUUAUCCAAAUGAUAACUCAAAAGCUAAUCGUCCGGCGGCCCUGCGUCGCUUUCUCAAUGAUGUGACAUCCUGACUGAAGAGACGUUCCCAUCACGGGAUGGUCGUGCGCGCGCGUACGUGCGCGCGCCCGCGCGAGUAUUGGGGGGUUGUACCCCCCCACCCCCCUUCCACAUCUGGCCAAACAGAUGUUGCUUCCGCGCUGUCAUUGUUUCCGCUUCCACCUCAGAGGAGCUUCGUCCAUUCCUUUUUCGUCGGAGCCCCAACGCGGCGUCCUCGCUGCCUCGCAUUUUUGUUUUCUAGUGUCCGCCAUGGGUGACGUCGAAGCUCCCGACUCGCGGCAACCGAGCCGCAGCGUGCUGCAGUCGGUCCUCCCCAGCAGAGAGUUCGCCUCCUCCAGGAAAGGAAUGCUGCUCAUCGCCGAAGUGGCGCUAUCCUUCGUGGACUUCGUGUGCUUCGCCGCGUCCACGGCGGCCGCCUUCGUGACGGUGCCGCUGCUGGAGUUCCUGGCCGCUCUCUUCCUGCUCUUUGCCUACUCGACCAAAUUCAACGAGCGGUUUAAAGGCUUCCUCUGGCCCCUUAUGGAUUUUAUGAGGUGCGUGACGGCCGCCGUCAUCUUUUUCAUCAUUUCCAUCAUUGCGGUAUCCAAAUAUGUGGACGGUUCCUCCAAAGCCGCCGGGGUUUUUGGCUUCAUCGCUACCAUUGCCUUUGCUUUGGAUUUUUAUCUCAUUUUUAACGAGCUCGCCAAUUUCCUGAAGCAAGGCGGCGAGACCACCGAGGAGCCUUCCAGACAGCAAGAUGAAUUUUCAGACUCUGAUUCGGACUGAGAUUGUUCUCUCCUUCCGCAAGUGACCAAUGACAACAUUUCGAAUCGUCGGCCCCCCGGAGACAAGGCCUCAGCCGCAGCAUGACACCACGCAAGGGUACAAUCUUACCACGUAGAAAGGAAGUUACUGAGCUUUCUUGCACAAUUGGGAUGUUUCGGGGUGGCUGAGAGCCAAAUGUGUGAACGUGGUGCUCAGAUGGUCCUGUUUGAAUUCUUCUGUUUUGUACACCAAAGAAAGAGUCGCGAUGUGUUGCAUGCAGAAGUAAAUUUUUGGAGGGUGGGUGGGGGGAAUCAUAAUUAACAUAUUGCUAAAGUGUGGCGUAUAAUGCUAAGUGAAGUUUUUUUCUCCCAAAUUUGUAUCAACGCAAUAAUGGCUUUUAAUUGUUUUUAAAAUGAACCCUUGAUUUGUAAAAGGAACACUCCAAUGUUUGUCUCAACUGAAUGUGUAACAAAGCAUUCUUUUCAAUAUUAAUUCAAGAGGGCGGCGUGGGUUUUCUCUGGGUACUCCGGUUCCCUCCCACAUUCCAAAAACAUGCGCGGUAGGUUCAUGGAACACUCUAAAUUGUCCCUCGGU